AUGCUCAAGUGGUCGCGACUGCUGGCGCUGCUCGCGCUACUGGCCGCAGCGACGUUGGCAGCCGCCGCCCAGGGCAACGGCGAGGACCCGGCAGUGAACGACGGCGACGCUGCCCCACCCCCGCCGGCCUACGACUGCGCGGGGCCCUCCAGCACGGGCGACAGCUUCAUCGACUACGACCACCUGGUGCACUGCAACGCGCUGCUGCAGGACUCGCCGGUGAUGGGGAAGGCCGCGCUCGUGCUGUGCCUCGUGCUGCUGCUGUAUCUGCUGAGCUCCACGGCCGACGAGUUCUUCUGCCCCGUGCUGCAGGCCAUCGUCGAGAAGUACCGCAUCCCGCCGCACGUGGCGGGCGUCACGUUCCUGAGCUUCGGCAACGGCUCGCCCGACGUGUUCUCCAACAUCGCGGCGUUCGCGACCCCCACGCCGUCGAUCGGAGUCACCGCCAUCCUCGGCGGUGGACUUCUCGUCACUACAGUGAUCACGGCGUGUGUGGGGCUGGUAUCCGACGGCCAGGAGCAGUUGAUCCCACGCACGUUUUUGAGAGAUGUGGUCUUCUACUUCAUCGCGGUGCUGUACUUGGGGUUGGUCUUCUACGACGGUAGAGUGGGGCUACUGGAGGCGGUAGGCUUCCUGUGCAUCUACUUCGUCUACGUGCUGGUCGUGUUUUCGGACAAGUACUUGGCCAAGUGGUGCUUCCCCUCCAAGACUACCGCGGAAGACUCGCUCUACGCUGUGUUGGAUGACGACGAUGAUUUGGAGUAUUGGUCGUCUACGGCGAGCGAGAAGAGCCCCCGUCGUCCUUAUUUGAAGAGCCAAACGAUCCCAGUGGUGUACGAUACGUUCGCGAGGUCUCACAUUUUCUCGGACUCGGAGCAGUCCGAACCGUCCCCACGCUUCCUGGACCGUAUGCUGUACCGCAAGAGCUCGGUGCCCACGCCGCGCUCCAAGCCCCACAUCAGCGACGACUUCGGACCGAGUGAAGGACAGUCACUACUGGAGGUCACGGAUGUACACCUUAAGCGACCUUCGUCCAUGUGCGUGGGGAACAUGCAGGAAUCGCUACACAGGAUACGGCGCCAAAGGCGAAGACGCAAGACUGCGUGGGAAUCACUUGAAACCAGUGCGCAGUUUGGAGCGUCGGCGCGGCGCUGGACUCGCGGGUAUCAUGCGCUCAGCGACAUUGACGAGAUCGCGCCUGCUCUUGAGGCAGGAGGGCUAGAAACGAUUAUGGCUGUAUCCUGCAUCGACCGCGUGAAGGUUCAGGUUAAGCGUUGGAGACGGUUGGUCCUUCGUACUGUACGCUGCGUGUACUCGACUUUCGAGCGGUUCGUGUGGAGUCCAUUCGAGGUGUUCACUGUGUUUGUUCGUCGACUCACGAUCCCGCUGGUGGACGAAGAUACGUGGGAUAAAAAUCUGGUGGUGGUGUGCCCUCCCUUUGCGAUGCUGGUGUUCGGCGUCUCGGUCUUUUCGUUCAGUAUUGAAGACCCCGUCUUCCUCAUGACUGUCGUCGUAGUCGGUGGGGUAUUCAGCGCUAUCAUCGAGUACACCACGUCCCCGCUCACACCACCGGAAGGCUGGCUGCUGGCUCCUUUCAUCUGUUUGGCCUUCGUCAUGUCGGUCAUUUGGAUCAUGAACAUCGCCAACGAGGUGCUCGCCGUGCUGGAGACGCUUGGAGAACUCUUUGGGAUCUCAAGCUCCGUUUUGGGGGUAUCCGUUCUAGCUUGGGGCAACUCCAUUGGAGACCUUGUGUCUAACAUGGCGAUCGCGCGUGACGGCUUCCCGACUAUGGCGUUCGCUGGUUGCUUCGCGGGGCCUAUGUUCAACUUGCUCAUUGGUAUCGGGUUGUCGCUUACGAUCGCAAUCGUCUCGCGAGGCCCUCUCGUACUGGGUGAGCCGACGCCACUGGUCUACCUCGGCUUCGGAUACCUGCUGCUGAGUCUGCUGCUGAACAUUGGGAUCGCAGCGUGCGACGGGUUUCGAUAUCGCCCUCGACUUUGCUACACUUUGUUGACGCUGUAUGCGUCCUUUGCCGUUAUCUCCAUCGCAGUUGUGCUCAAUUACCCGGAGGAAUAA